CAUCAUUUUAUGGAUUGUAUUCAUUAUGCUCUCUAGCCUUUAUGUCAUUUUUUUGUGUUAAUACUGUAUGUGUAAUACAUGCACUAAGAUUAAUUUAUGAAUAAGUUUGGCUACAUGAGGAAGUUAAUGGAAAUCAUUACCAAAAUAUCCUUUUGAAUGAAAUACAAUGAAGUUGAUGCAAGUCUGAACAUUGCUGUCAAGACAGGAAUUUGUCGAUUUAAUCCACCAGAGAUGAGUUCCACAGAUACCAAUGCCGAGAGCGACGACCCUGUCCCCAAGGGGGCCAGACUGAGCCGGGCCGUCGCAAACCUGGACACCAUCCCCCCAGACACCCUCAGUGAGGUAGAAGAGUGUCUGCAGCCUUUCCGUCUCUCUUUGGAGAAGCUGCAGGACGUGUCAUCUCGCCUGAGGAAGGACCUGAUCAGAGGGCUGGGCAAACACACACACUGCCGGGCACCCGUCAAGAUGCUGCCCACCUUUGUGAGGGCAACACCUGAUGGGAGAGAGAAGGGGGACUUCCUGGCUCUAGACCUGGGCGGGACUAACUUCCGGGUGCUGCAUGUCCGUGUGGUGGAGGAGAUGCAGAAGCUCCUGAAGAUGGACAGUAAGAUCUGUGCCAUCCCCCAUGAGAUCAUGCUGGGGACAGGAGAACAGUUGUUUGACCACAUCGCUGCAUGCCUGGCUGAGUUCCUGGAGUCUCUGGAGCUGAAGGAUCAGACUCUGCCUCUAGGCUUCACCUUCUCCUUCCCCUGCGAGCAGAAAGAUAUCGACAAGAGCCUCCUGAUCCACUGGACCAAAGGCUUUAACUGUUCCGGAGUGGUAGGAGAGGACGUUGUGAGGUUACUGAGAGAAGCCAUCCACAGGAGAGGGGAUUAUGACAUUGGUUCCGUUGCCAUGGUGAAUGACACGGUGGGGACCAUGAUGAGCUGUGGAUACAGGGACCAGAGCUGUGAAAUUGGCAUGAUCAUUGGAACGGGGACGAAUGCAUGUUACAUGGAGGAGAUCAAAAACGUGAAGAGAGUAGAGGGGGAAGACGGCCGCAUGUGCAUCAACACAGAGUGGGGGGGAUUUGGAGACGACGGAUCCCUAAAGGACAUCCAGACUGAGUUUGACCUGGUGGUGGAUCAAGACUCACUCAACCCAGGCGUGCAUGUCUUUGAGAAGAUGAUCAGUGGGAUGUACCUGGGAGAGAUAGCCAGGCUGGUGUUGGUGAAGCUGGCUCGGGACAAGCUACUGUUUGGAGGAGAUCUAUCAGUGGCCUUGCUCACACAGGACAGCUUUGAGACCAGAUUUAUCUCCGAGAUAGAGGAGGAGAACACAGGACUGCAGAAGGCCCAGGAGAUUCUGUCAAAGCUAGACCUGCCUGCCGGGCCUGUGGACUGUCAGAUUGUGCGUCUGGUGUGUGACUCUCUCUCCACACGCUCGGCCCAGUUGUGUGCCACUGCCUUGGCAACCAUUGCCAACCGUAUCCGUGUCAACCGUGGACUGGACCAUCUAAGCACCACAGUGGGGGUGGACGGCACAGUAUACAAGAAACACCCCAACUUCAGUGAGAAGCUCCAGGAGACCGUACGCAUCCUGGCCCCCAAGUGUGAUAUCACUUUCCUCGUCUCCGACGACGGCAGCGGGAAGGGAGCUGCCAUGGUAACGGCAGUGGCACAGAGGCUGGCCAUGCAGUCCCGGAUACUAGAGGACAUCGAUGGAGAGGAGGAAGAGGAGGAGGAUGAAGAAAAUUAAGCCAUGUAUUCGACCAGACAACUUGAAAUGCAGUACCAUGAAAAUGCUUUUGUCAUAGACAAAGAUUGUAAGGUAGGGGAGACCAGGGAACAAAGUAGGAAAUAGUCUACUUUUAGUCUUUAGCUUAUUUGUGAAAAUAUUAUUUGAGUUAGAUUUAUCAUAUUUUUAUGCAAACAUAGUGCAGUCAGAAAGUAUUCAAACGCCUUAACUUUUUCCAGAUUUUGUUGUGUUACAGCCUCAUUCUAAAAUUGAUUAAAUACCCCAUAAGGACAAAGUCAAAACAGGUUUUAAAAAUGUUUGCAAAUUUAUUCAAACAAAAAAACAGAAAUAUCACAUUUACAUAAGUACUCAGACCCUUAACUCAGUACUUUGUUGAAGCAACCUUGGCAGCAAUUACAGCCAGGAGUCUUCUUGGGUCUGAAGCUACAAGCUUAGCACAGCUCUAUUUGGAGAGUUUCUCCCAUUCUUCGCUGCAGAUCAUCUCAAGCUCUGUCAGGUUGGAUGGGGAGCGUCACUGCAUAGCUAUUUUCAGGUCUCUUUAGAGAUGUUCGAUCGGGCUCAAGUCCAGGUUCUGGCUGGGCCACUCAAGGACAUUCAGAGACGUGUGUUGUCUUGGCUGUGUGCUUAGGGUUGCUGUCCUGUUGGAAGGUGAACCUUCGCCCCAGUCUGAGUUCUUGAGCGCUCUGGAACAGGUUUUCAUCAAGGAUCACUCUGUACUUUGCUCCAUUUAUGUUUCUCUCGAUCCUGACUAGUCUCCCAGUCCCUGCCACAGCAUGAUUGAUGCUGCCACCCUCAUGCUUCACCGUAAGGAUGGUAUUGACCAGGUGAUGAGCGGUGCCUUGUUUCCUCCAGACGUGAUGCUUGGAUUUCAGGCCGAAGAGUUCAAUCUUGGUUUCAUCAGACCAGGGAAUCUUGUUUCUCAUGGUCUAAGAGUCCUUUUGGCAAUCUCCAAGCAGGCUGUCAUGUGCCUUUUACUGUGGAGUCGCUUCCUUCUGGCCACUCAACCAUAAAGGCCUGAUUGGUGGAGUGCUAAAGAGAUGGUUGUCCUUCUGGAAGGUUCUCCCUUCUCCAUAGAGGAACUCUGUAGCUCUGUCAGAGUGACCAUCGGGUUUUCGGUCACGUCUCUGACCAAGGCCAUUCUCCCCUGAAUGCUCAGUUUGGCCGGGCGGCCAGCUCAAGCAAGAGUCUCGAUGGUUCCACAUUUUAUUCAUUUAAGAAUGACGGAGGCCACUGUGUUCUUGGGGACCUUCAAUGUUGCAGAAAUGGUUUGGUACCCUUCGCCAGAUCGGUGCCUCAACACAAUCCUGUCUCAGAGCUCUUCGGACAAUUCCUUUGACCUCAUGGCUUGGUUUUUGCUCUGACAUGUACUGUCAUCUGUGGGACCUUAUAUAGACAGGUGUGUGACUUUCCAAAUCAUGUCCAAUCAAUUGAAUUUACCACAGGUGGAAUCCAAUCAAGUUGAUGAUCAAUGGAAACAGGAUGCACCUGAGCUCAAUGUCGAGUCUCAUAGCAAAGGGUUGAAUAUUUACACUACCUUUCGAAAGUUUGGGGUGACUUAGAAAUGUUGUUGUUUUAGAAAGAAAAUCACGUUUUUUUAUCAGAAAUACAGUGUAGACAUGGUUAAUGUUGUAAAUGACUAUUGUAGCUGGAAACUGCAGAUUUGUUAUGGAAUAUCUACAUAGGCGUACAGAGGCCCAUUAUAAGCAACCAUCACUCCUGUGUUCCAAUGGCACGUUGUGUUAGCUAAUCCAAGUUUAUCAUUUUAAAAGGCUAAUUGAUCAUUAGAAAACCCUUUUGCAAUUAUGUUAACACAGCUGAAAACUGUUGUUCUGAUUAAAGAAGCAAUAAAACUGGCCUUCUUUACAUUAGUUGAGUAUCUGGAGCAUCAGCAUUUGUGGGUUCAAUUACAGGCUCAAAAUGGCCAGAAACAAAGGACUUUCUCAUGAAACUCGUCAGUCUAUUCUUGUUCUGAGAAAUGAAGGCUAUUCCAUGCGAGGAAUUGCCUACAAACUGAAGAUCUGGUACAAUGCUGUGUACUACUCCCUUCACAGAACAGCGCUAACUGGCUCUAAAGAGAAUAGAAAGAGGAGUGGGAGGCCCCAGUGCACAACUGAGCAAGAGGACAAGUAUAUUAGAGUGUCUAGUUUGAGAAACAGAUGUCUCACAAGUCCUCAACUGGCAGCUUCAUUAAAUAGUACCUGCAAAACACCAGUAUCAACAUCAAUAGUGAACAGGCAACUCCAGGAUGCUGGCCUUCUAGGCAGAGUUCCUCUGUUCAGUGUCUGUGUUCUUUUGCCCAUCUUAAUCUUAUCUUUUUAUUGGACAGACUGAGAUACGGCUUUUUCUUUGCAACUCUGCCUAGAAGGCCAGCAUCCCGGAGUUGCCUUGUCACUGUUGACGUUGAGACUGGUGUUUUGCUGUCAUCAAGGCAGAGGGUGGCUACUUGAAGAAUUUCAAAUAUAAAAUAUUUUGACUUGUUUAACACUUUUUUGGUUACUACAUGAGUCCAUAUGUGUUAUUUCAUGGUUUGUAUGUCUUCACUAUGAUUCUACAAUGUAGAAAAUAGUAAAAAAUUAUGAAAAACCCUUGAAUAAGUAGGUGUCCAAACUUUUCACUGGUACUUAUGUUGAGAUACAUGGGGAAUGUUCCAUAGGUCAAUAAUCAAUAAAGAGAAUAUUUCGAAUUCUGCCUGAAAAAAAACAUUGGCCAAUAAAACAAAAAAUUAUUAAUGGAUUUAAGCAAAACUUCCUAUGCAAGUAGAUAUACUAACCAAACAUUAGCAUAUUGAAUAAUAGUGGUUUCUAAUUUGAGUUAUUUAGUUGUUACUUUGUGUCCUCAUGCCAGAGUGUUAGUUCAGCCUUUUGUGAACUAACACUCACAAUUAAUUUUUUUACCCCUUACUAGUUCUGACUUUGCUGAUAGCUACUUUAUUGAGUAAAAAUGUACUUACUAUGACUGUGAUAUGUGGUUGUCCCACUUAGCUAACUGUAAGUCACUCUGAAUAAGAGCCUCUGCUAAAUGACUAAAAUGUUCAAUGCACAUGCCCUGUGUUACUUUGUGCCCCGGUCUCCUCUACAUGCUAAACACCUCACUCACUUUCCUGUAACCUACUGUAUGGAAACUCAAAUAAUGAAAUCAUGAAUUAAUUCAACCUACUGUAUGCAUGCAUGACUGUAAGUCGCUUUGGAUAAAAGCAUCUGCUAAAUGGCAUAUAUUAUUAUAUUAUUCUUACAAUGUUCAACUUCUCUCUUUUUUACAGUAUCGUUUUUAAAUACAGUUAUAUUGACAACUGCAAUGCAAUAUUUUCUGUAUUACAUGGUCAACUUUCAAGGGGGAAAUGAUCUUAUUUCUGAACCUGCUGUAUGUGAAAUUAAAAUAAUGUUUAAAAAAAUGUA